AUGAAUUCGGACAUACAUUUAUCUCAAUCAAGUGUACGUUCAUCAUCUUACAAUUCAACAACAACAACAACAACAGCAGCAAACAAUAAUAUUAAUCAAUACUCUUCAUCAUCCUAUUUUCGUCGAAUAAAAAACAGUUUGAUGAAAAAUUUUUCUUGUAAUGGAACAAGAUUUUCGUCAUCUUGCUUUAAAUGUUUUCGAUAUUUUACUCCGACCAACUAUAAACCUCAAUUGAUAUCUUCGCCACCGCCUCCUCUGCCAACUAUUUAUAAUUCUUCGCAAAUAACUUAUUCUCCACAAUAUCCAUAUUCAUUUACGUCAAAUUAUAUAAAUUCAAAUAACAAUAACAAUACUCUCGAUGUUCAAGCAUUUUAUACAUCACUACCGUUAAAUCAAUUUUCAGCUAAUAAUCAAUUUAUUUUUACAUCAAAUAAAAAUCUCUCAAAUGUGUGUCAUACACCAUCAACAACAUCGUCACUUUCAUCUUUUGAUGAACCGCCGCCCGUUAAACCGCGUCUUUCUCUACGACCACAGUUGCCACCACCUUCUCCUCCACCGGUACCACCACCAUUAUUCGUUCCGACAAUUCCUUCAAUGCCACCAUUGAGAGGUCCGACACGGCCAGCACCAAAGCCACCGAUUCAAAUUAAAACUGAACAACAGCAGAUAAUAUAUCGACAACUAUCCAAUCCAUUUGAUAAGAAUUCAAACCAUGAAGAAACAAUAUCAACACGUGAUAGUUGUGAUACAGAAACAUCAUCAACAAAAACAGAUUUCUUCGAUAUUGAAUUGCAAAAUCUACAUAAUCAAUUACUGAUUGAUGAACAAGUUGAUAAAACUGAUAUAAAUAUUGUUCAACGUCGUCGACAACACGCCAUUAGUGAAUUAUUAUCAACCGAACGAGAUUAUCUUCGUGAUCUUGAGUUACUACAUGAAACAUUUCUUGGUUCAAAUGCAAUUUCAUGUCCGGAUAGUAUCAAUAAAAAACUCCUGUUUGGUAAUAUAAACGAUAUAAAUGAUGUAUCACAUCGUCUUCUUAAUCUACUUGAAUUUGAAUGUUCAAAAAGUCAACAGAACGAUGAUGCACAUUGCUGUAUUGGCCUAGUAUUUAAUGGAUUAAUAGAUCAGUUGAAGCAUACUUAUGCGGAAUAUUGUAGAAAUCACGAAUGGGUGCAUGAAUAUUUGCGUAAAUAUGGAAACGAUGAAAAACUUCAAAAAUAUCUUCAAGAUGGUCUAUGUAAACUUCGUCUUCAAAAGCCAAGUGUUUUUGAUGUCUCUGCUCUUCUAUUACGUCCAAUUCAACGUAUUGUUCGAUAUCCGCUUAUAUUAAAUGAAUUAUUCAAAAAUACUGGUAGUGAUCAUAUCGAUUAUAUGCAGCUAAAAGAAGCCAUUUCAAAUUUAAUAUCGAUGGUCAAUUUUAUCAAUGAACACAAACGGCGGAAAGAAAUUGCACAUUCAUAUUAUGUUUGUUUUGAGCAGUAA